GCGCAGAGCGCCGCCAGCCACCUGCAGGCUCGGUCCUCAGCACCCGCAGGUUCCGUGCGCCCCCUGCGCGCUGACCGAGCAUCCUUCACCCCGACCCUCCAGGGAGUCGGCGCCGGAGACCUGACCAGAAAUCCAGAAACCCUUCCCUGGCCGGGAAGCCAGAUGCGCAGCUUUGACGAGAUUGGGACGACUUGCUCUUCUCACCUCCAGAACCGCCACUUCCCUCUCAGCGCCAGACGUUACGUUGAGAAAGCUGCUGGACUUAAUCUUUACAAGAAUCCCCUGCGGGGCGUGGCUGGCGUCCUCUAGCCGCGCGGCCCUGGAGAGCUUGACUUGGCUGGGAGUGACUCUCGUUCUGAGCCUGAGGAGACCGAGAGAGCGAGAGAGCGAGGAAGAGUGUGAGGGCCGAGCAUCCUCGGGAGGAGAUGCCUUUAAAAAAUCAUUCACAGCAGCAGAAGAAACAGCUCUGUGUUGCUAUGUUUUGCUUAUAUUGAGUGGUUUUUCGGUGAAAUGCUAUUUUGAUUAAAAGAAGAAAUGGCCCCUCAGGAGUUCACCCGGCGCCUGGCCACAGUGAUCACUUAUGUCGAUGAAAUUAUGCAGCAGGAAAUCAGGCCUUUGUUGGCAGUGGAUAUAAUUGAACAACUUCACAGGCAAUUUGCCAUUCUUUCAGGAGGCCAAGGGAAAGAUGGUGCCCCCAUCAUCACUUUUCCAGAGUUUGUGGGGUUCAAACACAUCUCACAUGAGGACUUCCUGAAUGUCAUGACCUACCUCACCAGCAUCCCCAGUGUGGAGGCUGCCAGCAUCGGAUUCAUCAUUGUUAUCGACAGACGAAGGGACAAGUGGAGCUCCAUAAAAGCAUCCUUGACACGAAUAGCUGUAGCAUUUCCAGGAAACUUGCAGCUCAUAUUCAUUCUUCGUCCAUCUUGCUUUAUCCAGAGAACAUUCACUGACAUUGGCAUUAAGUUCUAUCGAGAUGAAUUUAAAAUGAAAGUGCCGAUCAUUAUGUUAAACUCCAUUUCUGACCUUCAUGGCUACAUUGACAAAAGCCAACUGACAGAGGACUUAGGGGGAACUUUGGAAUAUCGCCACAGUCAGUGGAUAAAUCAUCGAACUGCCAUUGAAAACUUUGCCUUGGCAUUAAAGACUACUGCCCAGAUGCUCCAGACUUUUGGGGCCUGCCUGGCCACAACAGAGCUGCCCAGAGGCGUGCCAUCCAGUGAAGACCUUCUCAUGUCCCACACAAGGCAGCGGGGCCAGUUACAGGAUAAGCUGAAAUUACUUGGAAAGCAAGGGGCCACAUUGCUGUCAUGCAUUCAAGAACCAGCAACCAAAAGUCCCUCGAGCAAACUCAAUCUCAAUGAACUUGAGAAUGUAGCUACCAUGGAAAGGUUAUUGGUUCAGUUGGAUGAGACAGAAAAGGCUUUUUGUCAGUUUUGGUCUGAGCAUCACCUGAAACUUAACCAAUGCCUACAACUACAGCACUUUGAACACAACUUUUGUGAGGUUAAGCUUACCCUGAAAAACUUGUUGGCAGAGCAAGCAGAGUUUACAGACAUCGGAGACAGUGUGAUGCAUGUGGAGCAACUUCUUAAGGAAUACAAAAAACUGGAAGGAGAAGGCCAGGAGCCUUUGGAAAAGGCCCAGCUGCUUGCAGUAAUUGGGGACCAGCUCAUCCAAAGCCACCACUAUGCAAUGGACUCCAUCAGACCCAGGUGCACAGAGCUCAGGCACCUCUGUGAUGACUUCAUCAAUGAAAACAAGAAAAAACAUGAGAUUUUAGAAAAGUCCUUGGAAUUACAUAGACAGCUGGACAAGGUCAGCCAGUGGUGUGAUGCGGGAAUCUACCUCUUGGCUUCUCAAGCUGUAGACAAGUGCCAGUCCCGAGAAGGAGUUGACAUUGCCUUGAACGACAUUGAGACAUUCCUGGACACAGCAAAAGAGUACCAGUUACCCAGCCCCAAGGAGUUUUACAGCCAGUUUGAGCUGAUCCUCACCCUUGAUUUGAAGGCCAAAGCUCAGAAAGUCCUGCAGAAGCUGGGUGAUGUGCAAGAAAUAUUUCACAAGAGGCAAAUGAGUCUGAUGAAACUGGCAGCCAGACAGACUCGCCCAGUGCAGCCCGUGGCCCCUCAUCCUGAGUCCUCCCCAAAAUGGGUGUCACCGAAAAUCAGCCAGCCCUCUGCCUUGGCUCCUCAUCAGAAAACAUCUGAGGAACCUUAUGCAGAAGCAGAUUUGAGCUCCCUGGGAAAGGAAGAUGACGAGACUAAAUUUGAAGUCAAGAAUGAAGAAAUACUUGAAAGCAGUCAUGAUGGGGACAACCCUGAGCCAGAGCAGCUUGACAGCUCCAAAAAUCUUUCCCCGAGCAGGCACAUUGUAUGUGACUUGCUUGAGACCGAAGAGACUUAUAUAAAGGAGAUUAAGAACAUAAUUGAUGGAUAUAUCAUUCCAAUGGAUUUUAUUUGGCUGAAGCAUCUAAUUCCAGAUGUUCUUCAGAAUAACAAGGACUUUCUCUUUGGGAAUAUUAGAGAACUUUACGAAUUCCACAACAGGACUUUUCUAAAAGAAUUGGAAAAGUGUAUUGAAAAUCCUGAACUUCUGGCACGUUGCUUUCUCAAGAGAAAAGAAGAUCUUCAAAUAUAUUUUAAAUACCAUAAGAAUCUGCCCCGAGCCAGGGCAAUCUGGCAAGAAUGUCAAGACUGCACCUACUUUGGGGUAUGCCAGCGUCAACUGGGUCACACGCUCCCUCUUUUUAAGUACCUGAGAGGACCAAGCCAGAGACUUAUAAAGUACCAAAUGCUGCUGAAGGAUCUGCUGGAUUUUGAGUCUCCUGAGGAUUUGGAGAUGGACCCACGUGACCUAGAAGGAAGUUCAGUUAAGAAUGGACCAAAGAGGACCAAGGAGUCAGCCUUUUCAGCUGAACUACAACAAGCUUUGGCCAUGUUGGAGGAUUUGAUCAAGUCCUGUGAAUUGGCCGUGGACCUGGCAGCUGUCACCGGAUGUCCGGACGAUAUUGGAAAAUUGGGGAAGCUGUUGAUGCAUGGCUCUUUCAACGUCUGGACCAUUCAGAAGGAUCGUUACAAGAUGAAAGACUUAAUUCGAUUUAAGCCCAGCCAGAGGCAAAUCUAUUUGUUUGAAAGGGGCAUAGUGUUCUGUAAGAUACGAAUGGAGCCCAGUGACCAGGGUCUAUCUCCUCACUACAGCUUUAAGAAGUCUAUCAAGUUGAUGACACUUUCAAUUCGCCAACUUGGAAGGAGGAGCAACAGAAAGUUUGAAAUCGCCCACCAAAAUGGACUUGAGAAAUACAUCUUGCAGGCAGCUUCAAAAGAAAUCAGAGAUUGUUGGUUUUCAGAAAUAAGUAAAUUAUUGAUGGAACAACAAAACAAUAUUAAAGAUGUUCAUGAGGAUGAAGAGAAUGGCAGACAAAUCUCCCCCAAAUGCUGCUCCAGCAGGGAGUUUAUCUCCAUGGAAACCUUUGACGAUUGUGAAGGUGCAGAAGAUAUGGAAAAGGAGAGCAGUGCUCUGAGUGGCCACAAACUAAACUGAGGAGAGCCUUGGGGUGUCCACUGGCUUGCUCGCCCCUGCGGGGGAGACUAGUUUGUGGGCAGAGGCAAUGCGGCUGUAGAAAGAGUGCCUGAGGUCGCCCUCGCUGGAGAACUGACCCUCAUCCCGGAGAACUGACCCUCAUCCCGGACAACCGAGCCGCCCCGGCCGCCUUCAUUCCUGGGAGAUGCUGCUGUGGGCUCGGAGACCGGCCCGCCCUUAAGCAGAAGCAGCAAAGGACCUCAGAGCCUGCAGCUCCGCCGCCGGGGUGGGGGACAACAGGGCGGUCUUCCCAGAACCUGAGGAGCAGUCCGCCCGCGGAGCCCAUCCCCACCCCAGCAUCGCCCGGCGGAGAACUUUGCGCAGCUCCACACGCGCCUGCGCAGGCGCAGGAACGCGGGUGCAGACCCCGCAGAGACACUCGGGUAGCUCGGCACGCGCUUGCGCAGGGACUCGGCUCAAGUCCCGCGGAGAGCCUCGAGCUGCUGGACACGCGCUUGCGGAGGUUAGCGGAGCCCAAUGUUGGAGUGUUCGGUGCAGGGUUUCUCGGUAUUGGCACUUUUGACUUUGGGGGCUGGAUAAUUCUUUGUUGUGGGGGCGGGGGCUGUCUUGUGCACUGUAGGAUGUUUAGGAGCGUCUCUGGCCUCUACCCUCUAGAUGUCAGUAACGCCCUACCCACCUCCUGAAUUAUGACAAUCAAAAAUACCUUCAGAGAUUGCCAGAUUUCUCCUGGGGUGGCAAUGAGCUGGAAUGAGAAGCUCUGGUGCGGGCGCUCAGACUCCACGGGGCACACCUCUCCUCUUCCCCCGAAUUCCCGCAAGAAUGCCAAUGUGGUGCCUGUGUUACUUUGUUCCAGGAUUGUUUCCUUUUAGUGAGGGUUGGUUACAAGUUAACUUCUGAGGUAUUUACGUUUAGAUUUAUUGGGUUUUAAGUUAGUUUAAGUUAUUUCAGCUAUUUAUUAUUUAUUUUAUUAAUUAACUUUCAUUUAUUUUCAUUUUUCUAGUUAUUUAAACUUUAAAGCUUUAAAGUUACCUGUUUAUAAUUAUUUUGUCUUUAAGGUUACUUCGUUUUUGAGUUAUUUAUUUUCAGUUACUUUUUAUAGUCACUUUAUUUUAAGAGUUAUAUUUUCCAAAUUAGUUAGCUUUAGAAUUAUUUAUUUUGAAUUAUGUAUCUUUACAAUCAUUAAUAUCUGAGUUAUUUAUUUUCAUGGUUAUUCUGUUUUUAAUUAUUGGCAUUCUUGAAUUAUUUAUUUUUACAGUUACUUAUUUGAAUACCAAAAAAAAAAAAAACUCACUGGAGCUUUAGAGUUAUUUAUUUUCAGAGUAAAAUAUCUGUAGUUAUUUUGAGUUUUCCCCUAAGUUCGGGUUAGAGUUAUAGUUAUUUAUUUUCAUUUACUUUAGAUACUGGGUUAUUUUUACAAUUCACUUAGACUAUUUUUAGUUAUUUAGUUUUUUUAAGUUAUUUGGUUUUAAAUUAUUUUGUUUUCAGUUACUGCAUUUUGAGCAUUAUAUUUUGAGUUUUUAUUUUCAGAGUUUUUAAGAGAUUUAGUUUUGAGUUAUUUUGAGAAUUAUUCUCAGUUAAUUGUUUUCAGUUAUGUCUUUGCCAUUCAAAAAUUUUUUCUAUUCUGUAUUUUUACUUAUUUUAUUUUCUGGUUUAUUUAUUUUCAGAAUUAUUUAGUAUUAGAAUUAUUUCGUCUGUCAGUCAGGGUCCAGUCAAAAGAGAGACACUAUACUAGUUAUUUUAACAGAGAGAAUUUAAUGUAAGGAAGUAUGAUCCAGCUAUUGGAGAUUUUAGUGGGAAAAAAAAGUGAUAAUGAGACAUAAUUUAACUGUAAGAAGCAGCUACCAGCCCGAGGGCAGAGGGAACAAGGAAAGAGGCUGGUGGCCCCACAUGGCUGAGGGUAGCCCUCUAUGGGGGAGGCAGUCCCCAGGUUCCCCCAGGAGCUAAAAUGUGGGCCUGAGAACUGGGUGUAGAACUACCCUCCUAGGGAGAGGGCGCUGCCAUCUGGUGCUGGAAGAAGGGUCCUGAUGAGGCUGGUUGUGGAAGUUUUAGGAAAAUGACAAAUUGCAGCUACUGGAACUCACUGUGACUCUCAUUGCUAGAAGAAUGCUGACAGGAACCCACGCACCCAGGGAGGAGCAUAGCCCUCUCCCCUCCUCCAGCCUCUCGUGGUCUGCCCUGUUGGCUGAGCCUGACACUGAGCAGCUGGUGGAGGUGAAAGCCCCAGUCACAAAGCAAAGGGAAGAAGGGUGGGUGGGGAGCUGAGAGAUCAUGGCUAACAACGAGCACCCUGAGCUCUGGAAUUGUUUAGUUUUAGAGCUAGUUUUGGAUUUAGUUUGUUUGGUAAUUGUUAGGGUGAUUUGAUUUUAACUUUUCAGUGGAUGAGGGAUCUGGCUGAGUGUUGGGUCCCUGAUUCAUUCCUGGAAUGGAAUGGGUCAGCAAACACCUGGGGAGACUUCCCAUGAGACUCAAGAAUAUCACUGUAGAAUUCAAGAAAACCAAAAUAGUGUGUCCACAAAGAAGCCCUUUGACUGUGUGGCCAAAAAAAAGGCAGAGACUAGGACAGAUCAUCAGGGAGGGGCUCCUUAGCACAAUUGUUCAGCAGAAUAGUCUUUGAAAUUUUUCAGAAAGUUCAGCUAUUUUGGGGGGCCACCUUUCAUGCCCUUUUUUCUAACAACAAAGUAUCUUUCCUGGUAGAGUGUGUUUCAGAUUGGUAGGAUACACUGUUUAUUAUUUAUUAAAAUAAAGUUCUUUCCAAAUCUGUAGGAUAUCUUAUUUCCUUCUACCUGCAUUAUUUUCCAACCCAUAUUGUUUCAUUUCAACCAUAAGAAUAUUUAUUUAUGUGUUUAUGUAUUCUCUCAUUUCAUUCAACACCUAUUUCCUGCGCACCCCCAUCCUAAGGAAGGUGCUGGCACCAGGAGAGACCAGGGAAUUAUGAAGAUGAAUGAGACGUUCCUCAGUCCAGUUGGGGGAGACAGAUGUGGAAACAGGACAUCACAGCUCAGUGUAACAUACUGUGGGGGCAUGGAACCCUGCUGCUGACUCUUCCUGAUGUAGUCAGGGAAGAGGUGACAUCUGAACAACCAUUUUCUCCAGGUGGAGAAGAAGAAGAAGGACAUCCUGGUUGUGGCAGGCACAAAGGAGUGAUGUACAGCAGGGAGGAUGCAUUGGCAGAGGGUUCAGAAAGACACUAACAUUAAGGGCUGGCCCUGGUGCUUGACAGAUUCGGCCUCAGUUGGUCCUUGCAGCCAGUCUGCAAGAGACUAGGAGGCGACCUCUUCGGUCAGUGCUCUUCCUGAUCUCACUGCUCCAACCAGUUUACAAGACUCUCUGACUUGCCAUGUCUGGAAUUCUUCAGCUCAUUUCUGGCUUUAUCCUUUGUCCAUUCACUCCUUCCUACUUACCCUUGGAGGUGAGUCCCUCCCUCCUCCACCUUUUGAUUGCUGCUUCUUAAACAUCUGCAAGGAAGGAGGAGGGCUGAGACCAGCCAGCUGUGAAGUGCAGGUGUGGGAGAGACAGAACAGAGGAGACAAAGAGCAGGGUCUCAGGGCAAUUCUGCAGACCAACAUGGUGGGAACAGGUUCUUUGCGAACCAGUCCUAACAUUCCACAUGUACAUUCAGCAACCCUUGAAAGGUUGUGUGGACUCCUUUCUCAAAGAUGGGAACCUGUUUUAGAUCCAACCCAAGCUUGUGAAUCAACAGAUUGGGAUUUUUCUAAGCAUUAACAGCAUUGAGCAUGUCUAAUCUACCAAGUCAAUCUACAAAAUCAAAAGGAAGUUCUGCAUAAUCUCUCAUGGUACGUUUUAACUUUUUAUAAUACAUAUUCUUACAGUCACUCUUUAAUAUACAGAUUUCCCAGCUGAUUCUUCUCUGCUUUGGUAUCUCUGAUUAUCUUAUCAAUUACUGUGUAUACAUUUCUCAAUGAGAAUAUGUAAGAACUAGACCUGGACAGAAAAAUCUUCUAGAUUCUGACUAUUAAAAUAGUCAGAAGACACAUCACUUGGAUGGUCUUAAACACUUUGGCCAGUGGUUGGCCAGCUGCCCACCACAGAAACAGCCCAAAGCUUUCUCAAUCCUUUGUACCUCAGUCAUGUUCUGAAUCUACAAAAAUGGCUACACUGGAUGCUACUGGCAGAGUGCAAAGUGCCCAGACCUCCCAGGCCUCACAGGAAGAACUUCUCCACAAAUCUGUCACAGGUGGGCCACCAGAGGAGCCAUUUCAGUACCAGUCAUCAUUGCUGAUGUCCCGCAAUGGUGCCCCCAGGUCUCCAGGAUGGUCCACUCUGACCUUCCACUCUGGCAUCCUUACCCAGGCCCCACACUGCUGCUCUGCCUACAGGUGUCCUCUGAGAGAAAACCCCUCUGCUGGGCUGGAGCAGUCAGGCUCCCACUGAGCUCAUGGUGGACUGAGGGGUCUAUAAGGACAGUGGAAUAAUUCUCCUAUAGCCAUGCCAGAUACAUAGUAGGUCCCUGGUAGACACUGCAUCCCCUGCCUCAGAGCCUGGAUACACUGCUCCCUCGGGAAAUAGUUGUGAAUCUUUUAGAUGUCUUAGAAACCAGUGGAAAAUAGAGGGUGACUCUUCUAUGAGUGAAAUUUGUAUCAUCUUUCCACUUGGAUAAAUGGAAAAGAAUCCAAAACCAUCAAAUAAAAUCCUACAGCCUUCUUUUACUAGAAGUCAUUAUGUUGCCUGCUGUCCACCAGAGGGACUCAUUUCAACACAUGGCUGAGGAGUGGGAAAGCUGUAGCCCCAGGUGUAAGUGCCCUGGCCCAGAAUCUGUGAAGUCUGGUGGAAGUGUGAGUCACGCUAAACACCAGCCAUGACCAUGAAAUGAUAGAAAAGUUAGAGGUCCUUAAACCAGCAUUUCCCAGAGUAUAUUUUGCAGAAUAGGCUG